UCAAAAAAAAAAAUAAAAAAAUUAAGAUGAGCAUUUCAAGAUUUAAUUCAAUUCAAUUAUAGAUCGAAAGUAUACACCAACCAACGACGAUGGCUAAAGGGGGAGUCAAAAGAUCAAGAGAAGAGGAACCAUCCACCAUCUCAUCCAAAUCACAUACCACAGAGUUGAAAGUGACAUCAUUCACUGAAGAACCAGUGGCUGUUGUAGGAUCAUUUUUUCAAGGUUUACAAGUUCCACAUACCACUGAAUUUGAUUUAUAUCAUCAUAAGAAAAGAAGUGAUAAAUAUGUCAUUCAUGGUGAGAAUGAUCAUUUGAAUUAUGAUGGAGAGACCAAUCCUGAAGAAACCAAUGAUUAUGUCUUGGCUUUAUAUGAUCCUAUUAAGAAAUCAUUAGAUUUAUAUAAAUCCCCUUUCAUCCAGGGGAAAGUUCAAGCUAAGAGUAAACGUAUAUACAAGGGUCCAUCCGUUAGACAAGCUGGUGUUCGUAAUAUCACUCAACGUAAUGCCUUGGGUGAAGCAUUCGGUACUAAGAAAGCCAAGGCUGCUAUUACUAAUUUAGAAAGAAAUAGAAUUGAUUCUGAAAAAUUACAAGAUAUUGAAUUAGAUAUUAUUGAUACUGUUAAAGUUUCAACUCAAGAUUUACCUACUAGAGCUAAGAUGGAAGAAAUGGUUACUCAUGAUAGACCAACCCCAGUGGCUAAUGUUGAUGCUACUAAUGUGGAAGAUAUUUAUGGAUUAUAUGAUAUAAUACCCAAGAAAGAAUGGUCAUUCCUUAGAGUUUCAUCAUUAUUUAAUGAAAGUGAUGAAAGUAAAACCAUUGAAUUAUUACCAUAUUCGAAUUCAAAUUAUAUUAAUAAACAUUUAACUAAUAUUCUUGCUCAAAAGAAUACUGAAAAAUUACAAUUAUUAUUCUAUGCUUCAUUAUUAUUUGGAGUUUAUGAAAAUAGAAGAAUCAAAGAUAAACAAUCGUUAAUGUUAAAAUUACAAAACAAACCAUCUGAAAUUCUUAUUGAUGGGAUUUUAGAACGAUUCACUAUUGCCAGAUCAUCAGCAGUAGGUAAAUCUAAAGAUAGAUCUUAUUUAAUUGAUCCUCAUCAUGAAGAUAAAUUAUUAUGUUAUCUUUUAGCGAUAAUUUUCCAUAUUGAUAAUUUCAUGGUUGAAAUCCCACCAUUAGCAAAUGAAUUAAAUAUGAAACCUACGAGAUUAUUAGGAUUAUUUAAAGCUUUAGGAGCUAUUAUAAAAUCAGCUACUGUUGGUCAAGCUGAAGCAUUUGGAAUUGCCAAGAGUGCUGCUAGUACUUAUAAGAUUGCAUCUUUGAAAGUUCCAUUUAAAUUACCUGAAAUGUCAAGAAGAAUGGGUGGAAAGCGUUAGAUAAAUAGAGUUGUGUGUACAUAUAUUAUAUUGAAUAAAAG